AUGGAAAACACCGCCGCGCAUUUCCGGCUGCUGAAAAUAAACCACGGAGCCGUCCGCAGGCUCUUCAAGGAACUCACCUACUACGAGAAGGAGGAGGGCGAGCUGCGUACCAAGGUGAACUCCCUCCAGGAGCAGAACAAGUCCGCUGCUGAAGUCACACGCGCACAGGAAAUGCUGAAAGAAACGGAACGAGUUGUACCACACAUAAGGUCAUCCCUUCAGAGCAGUCUAAAAAAAGUAUGUGAUAUUAUCUACGAACAUUUUUCGAAUGUACUACAAAUAAAUGACAAGACAAUUCAGUUUUCUGCCACCCAUUCGGAGGACACAUUGAAGGAGGUGCUUUCGACUCACUAUGAGGAAAUCUGCAAAGAAGUGGAUGGACUGAACGAGACACUGGCGAAGGUCCUAUUGCACAUGAAGCAGGACGCCCUCCCGAUAUACACACCAGCCCCCACCGUGGCUGUGCCUCUCACAUGCGUGGACAUAUGA